AUGGCCUCUGAGGAGAUCGACAUCCGUCAUCAUCGAUUCCCGUUCUGCAUUGUUUGGACUCCACUUCCCGAAGAUGAGAUGGGGUUUGAUUGGCCGACAAUGUACUGGAAGCUUCCGAUAGACUCCGUUGAAGGUGGCGUGGAGGCCUACGAUAGAGCUAUCCAAGAAGCAUCUGAUCUCUAUAAAGGUAGAAUGGUGAGGAGGAUGUGGAAUAUUGUUUUUCUGCAUACUCUGCCGUCUUGCGCCAUUUCCCCGAAUCUGGAGAUUGAUCUCCACUCUCCAUGCCCACCAAGCCUUCUACCCCUUUGGGGUCGGAAAAUUGAUACCAGAAUCGUCGGAGAAUAG